UUAAAGAAAGUCUUGAGCUAGGUUUUAACAUCAUUCGAAACUAAAAGAUCAGUGAGAGUUUCGAGAGAAUUUUAAGGAAAGAGAGAUGGCAACUUUCCCAGUGAUCAACUUGGAGAAGCUCAAUGGUGCUGAGCGAUCAAGAACCAUGGACAAAAUCAAUGAUGCCUGUGAAAACUGGGGCUUCUUUCAGGUGCUGAACCAUGGAAUACCCCAUGAUUUUCUGGAUACUGUGGAAAGGUUGACAAAAGAGCAUUACAAGAAGUGCAUGGAGCAGAGGUUCAAGGAACUGGUAGGAAGCAAGGCCCUUGAGGGUCUCCAAGCUGAGGUCACUGAUAUGGACUGGGAGAGCACAUUUUUCAUACGCCAUCUCCCUCAAUCCAACGUGACUGAAAUCCCAGAUCUCACCGAUGAAUACAGGAACGUGAUGAAAGAAUUCGCAGUGAAAUUGGAGAACCUAGCCGAGGAACUGCUAGACUUGUUGUGCGAGAAUCUUGGACUAGAGAAGGGAUACCUGAAAAAGGCCUUCAAUGGUUCAAAGGGUCCAACCUUUGGCACCAAAGUUAGCAACUAUCCACCAUGCCCCACACCAGACAAAAUCAAGGGACUCCGCGCUCAUACAGAUGCUGGUGGCAUAAUCUUACUCUUCCAAGACCCCAUAGUGGGCGGCCUCCAGAUUCUUAAAAACGGAGAAUGGGUGGAUGUUCCUCCUAUGCGUCACUCCUUUGUCAUCAACCUCGGGGAUCAGCUCGAGGUGAUCAGCAAUGGCAGAUACAGGAGUGUGGAGCACCGUGUGAUGACCCAAACCCAAGGGUCUCGCAUGUCGAUAGCUUCGUUUUACAACCCAGGUAGUGACGCCAUUAUCUACCCGGCACCAGCUGUGGUGGAGAAUGAAGCAGAAGAGAAGAAGGAAUGGUACCCUAAAUUUGUGUUCGAAGAUUAUAUGAAGCUAUAUGCUGGAAUGAAAUUCCAGGCCAAAGAACCAAGGUUUGAAGCCAUGAAAGCCACUGCAACUGCUUAAUAUACUGGAGUUGGAAACAGAAAUAACGAUGAAGGACGUAUCUAGUUUUCAAGUUUUAGUAUUUGGUUAAAAAAUAAAGCUCACAAAUAAAAAAAUAAAAAAAAAAGGAAGUUUGGUAUGAAGUAGAUUUUGUCUUGUAAACAGCAACAUCAAUUACAAUAGUAUUUAUCUUAUAUUCAUACCA